GUGUAUUUGGUCGCAGUCUCUGCGCGCCAUCCAGACGCAGCAUCAACCAGCCUGCAACAAUAAUGUCUGGGGCAAGAAAGGGAGAAGGGUGCGUGUUUUUGGCGGUGCGCGUUUAAUUCCUCUGUGGAUCGUGGACAUUUCGCAGCCCGGUGACGCUUUAGAUGCUCUGCAUGUCAGGGAGCACUGUCCAGCCAUCCCCAGCGUGCGUGGCUUGCACUGACCUGCAUUUUCUGCCGUGCAUUUCUAUUGGGAAAAUGUGGGUCGGGUAGCUGAGGUUCACCUUGCGCUAUUUUUUCAACCUCCCAUGUAUAGAUUUUUUUUUUCUUUUCAUCAAUCCUACACAACCAGAUCAUGGUUUUUCAGUUCUUGCGAGCAGAAUCUUCCAGUCUUGCAUAGGAAAUAAUUUCUCUGUGUGAUCGAUAUGGAUGGCUGGAGCCGGGCAGCUACGGUGGGGGACGGUUCGGUGAAUUUCACAGCAGCCCACCUCUGGCUGGAUGUCGUGAACGCGUCGGGCCGGUGGGACAGCAGCAGCAGCAGCAGUCCACCUGCAGAGGGAUCCGGGCUGGAGGAGCAGCAGGAGCGCCUCAGCACGGAGCAAGCCUACCGGGACUUCACCACCGCCGUCCAGGUUCUCAUCCUGAUCGGGUCGCUGCUCGGUAAUGCAACCGUGCUGUGGUGCACCUGCUGUACGAGUGUCUUUAAAUCAGUGACCAACAGAUUCAUAAAGAACCUGGCAUGUUCGGGCAUCUGUGCUGGCCUGGUGUGUGUCCCCUUCGACGUGGCACUUGGAGCCAGUCCCCGCUGCUGUCUGUGGCUUCACACAUUGCUGCUCUGCAAGGUUGUGAAAUUCCUGCACAAACUGUUUUGCUCUGUCACUGUGCUCAGCUUCAGUGCCAUCGCUCUUGAUAGGUACUACUCGGUGUUGUACCCCUUAGAGAGGAAAAUCUCUGAUGCCAGAUCUCGAGACUUGAUCAUCUACAUCUGGGUGCACGCCGUCGUGGCCAGCCUCCCUGUGUUUGCUGUGACUAAUGUUACUGAUGUCUAUGUCACCUCAUCGUGCUCAGAUGACCACGCUCGCUCUCCGGGUCACGUGGUCUUUGUUUUGAUCUACAAUCUCACUACCGUGAUCUUCCCUCUGGCCCUUGUCUUCCUUUUUAUGCUGCUGAUCCGCAGAGCGCUCAGCGCCAGCCAGAAGAAGAAGGUGAUCAUUGCAGCUCUACGGACUCCGCAGAACAGUAUCUCCAUUCCUUACGUGUCACAGAGAGAGGCAGAGCUGCAUGCUACCCUGUUGGCUGCUGUGCUGGCUUUCUCAGCAUGCAGUGCCCCCUACGGAGCAUUAGUGGUUUAUCGGACCAUUUUUGCAGACACUAAAGAGCUGCCUGUCUCACUUUAUCUCACAGCUCUUUGGCUUCCCAAAGUUUCCCUCCUAACCAACCCUGUCUUACUUCUGACGGUGAACCGCUCAGCACGCCAUAGCUGCCUGGAACUGUUGUCCAGGAUUCACAGGCGCUACAGCCGCCGUAACGUGGUCAAUACCGGUGGUUUAGCCUCUAUAGGGGGCGAGGGGGUAAUUGGUGAGCCUGUGGGACUAGAUACAGCUGGUCGAUCCGGGAGCCAGCUUUUGGAGAUGUUUAAUAUCGGCCAACAGCAUAUCUUCAGACCUUCUGAAGAGGAGGAAGAGGAUGCAGAGAAUGAGAUUCCUUCUCAAAUAUUAGGAGGAAGCUUGGAGCCUAAAGAAAACCUGAAGGAUAGGUCAAGACUGGGAAGCUUUAAGGGUGAAAUGAACACUUCAAAGGACCCAGUUGGAGGGCUGGUCAUCACGAAAGAGGCUCCUGCAGUGGCUAAAGCAGCUCGGGCCUCUCCCGUUCACACAUGCGCGUACACCUCAUCUUCACAGGUGGCGCCAGCUACUCCCACAGAAGCAGAGGACUCCCCACAGUUUGGUUUUGGACCAUUUGAGUUGCCACCUCAGUGGCUUCCUGAGACCAGGAACAGCAAGAAGAGGCUGCUGCCUCCACUGGGUAACACACCAGAGGAACUGAUCCAGACCAAAAUACCCAAACAGCGGCCUGAACGUCGGAUCAGUAGGAACAACAAGGUCAGCACAAUUCCUGUCGUGGAUCCAUGAAUUAAGUCUGUUAGGCUUCAGCCUACUUUACGGGACUGAAAAUGUUUUUGCUGUUUUCUCUGCAGAUUUUUCCUUUUUAUAGUAUCUUAUUAGACAUUCCACUUUACUAAACCAGCAGCACUGUGGACUUUAUACUGGAAAAAUUUGCUUUGAUAUGAAAUAUUUAUAAUGUUUUAACAAAGAUUGAACUUUUACCACAUUUUUGACUGUUCCAGUUUUAUAAUUAUGAAAUGUUUGAGAAGAAAAAUGCCUUGAAGAAAAUACCUAAAGCGCUUGCAUUAUUUCUCACGUUGUCACAUUACAACUGUACACUUUAAUGUAGUUUAAUGGAAGUUUAUGUGAUGCGUCGACACAACGUAGCAACCAACUUGGAAUAAGGUGGAAUAGAAAUGAUGCACGAUUUUCUACACUUGUUUUCAAAAAUAAAAAUCCAAAAAGUGUGAAGGUUGAUAAGUAGGGCAUGCAUAAAAAUUCAGCUUACCUGAGGCAACAUCAAAUGAAGACCAACUUUUACUGCAAUUUUAUCUCUAAGACUUUUGGUGAAAAAUGGUGUCUCUGCCACAUUGUGCAUUUGGUGAAACAUAUUUUCAAAUUAAUUACUGAAUUGGCUUAGAAGUGUGCUCCAAGUUGAACCCUGAGGCCUCAAGAUCCAAUGUGUUAUCAGAAAUUCCUGGACCUUCUUCCUGCAAGGCAACAGUGCAGACUGCCAUUUGUAAUACUGUAGGCAAGAAA